UCUAUACAGUGAACAACUAAUCUACCACGAUGUCUGACGCAGCACCUGCUCCACAGAAAAAGGCUACCAAGCCAAAGAAGCCAAAGGCACCGGCUACCCAUCCAAAAACCAUCGAUAUGGUUGUUGCUGCUAUCACCAACCUGAAAGAUCGCAAAGGGUCUUCUCUUCAGGCCAUCAAGAAAUACGUCGGUGCUAACUACAAAGUCGACCUUGACAAGAUCACUCCAUUUAUUCGUCGUGCUCUGAAGUCUGGUGUUACCGAUGGAAAAUUUGUGCAAACCAAGGGUACUGGUGCGUCUGGUAGUUUCAAGCUGAAAGAUAAAGUUAAGGCCGAGAAGAAAGCAAAGAAGCCAAAGACACCAAAGAAACCCAAGGCUAAGACACCAAAGGCAGCGACGAAAAAGCCAAAGGCAAAGAAACCAAAAGCCAAGACACCGAAGAAAGCAAAGAAGUCGCCAGCAAAGAAAUCAAAGACAGCAAAGAAACCAAAGGCAGCAAAGAAGCCCGCCAAAAAAGCGCCAGCAAAGAAGGCAAAAAAGCCAGCAAAAAAAGCUGCUCCAAAAAAAAAGUGAGCGAACAUGCUUACCAUACCAAACGGCCCUUUUCAGGGCCACCACAUCCUCCAAAAAGAGAAUACCGUAAACAAUAAUGUGUUUGAAUUUACCCUGGACGUACAUCCAUGAAUCUACGUAUGAAUGGGUACAUGUAUAA